GGUUUUGUGCAAGAGCAUUGGUAUGCCAGGCUCAAUCCCCGGCAUGGCUGUGCAGAAGAAGAGUGUCAUCCCUCCAUCACAGGGACCACUUUCUACACGUACAAUCGAGAGCCAGAAUAAGAGGAAUCCAUAUGAGAGAACAGGAGACAAUGGCGACCCUAUCAAACCAAAUUCACUGGGAAAUAAAACAGUCUGCUCUGUCAACAAGUCUCCCCAAAUAUGCAACACAGUCUCUCCAAGGGCAGCUGCAGUUGCAAAUGGGCAGAAUAUUGACGAGAGGCUUAAAGCAGCACGUGAGAGGAGAGAGGAGCACCUGAAGCUGCUCGCCUCCCGGGAGCUGAGCAGGUUGGAGCGGGAGCAGCGAGCCAGGCGGUACUAUGAACAACAGCUGCAGCAGCGCAAGAAGAAACUCCUGGAGCACAGGCUCAAAGAGGAGAGGAGGCGUGCAGCCGUGGAAGAGAAGCGCAAGCAGAGACUGAGGGAGGAGAAAGAGCGGAAUGAAUCUGCAGUGCGUAGGACGCUGGAGAAGAGCCAAAGAGCCCAUCUGAACCAGAGUCAGAACUCAAGAGGAAGGAAGCUCACCAAAAACGUUCCACGUCGCUUGCCACUGACACCAUGGGAGAAGAACUUGGUCAGUCGCCUCCUUACCCCCACAUGCUCUUAUCUGGCCAGGAGCAAGAGUGCUACUUGUCAGUCUGGAGAAGAAGUUGUCCAUAUUUGUCGCCGUGCAGUUUCAUUCCACUCCAUGAAUACCACCACCAACACCCCCACCCCUAAAAAAACCCAGAACUACUCCAGUUCAGUCCAGCCCAGGUUGUCAGUGUCGCCAAGGCCGUCAGUCUCGCCCAGGCCGCCAGUCUUGUCCAGGCCAUCAGUCUCGCCCAGACAGUUCGUCCCGCCCAAGCAGUUUGUCCCACCCAAGCAGUCAGUCUCGCCCAGACAGUUCGUCCCGCCCAUGCAGCCUGUUUCACCCAAGCAGCCUGCCUUGUCCAGGUCAUCCGUCUCGCCUAGGCCACCUGUCUCACCCAGUCCAAGCAGCAGAAACAUCAACCUGGCACAGUUCAAAGCAGCAAAACAACAAGAUGCUAAAAAGAAGAGCCCAAACACUCACUCCAGUCCUAAGAUGCCUGCUAUGAACACCAGUGUGAAACCAGCCAAAGCAGCACAAAGCAGAACAGCAUCCCCUUCACCUGAAAGGAGCCCCCGCAGAUCAAUCAGUCGACACUCAACCCCGCUGCAGCUCGAGCUCCCAUCAGUCCCUGAAGAGGAUGUUGCUGUUUGUAGUCCUGCCCUUGCACCUGGUAACUCGAGGCCUGUAAGAACACCAGGCGAAGGUCAGCAAGAGAGAACGAAGGAUGGAAAUCCACCAGGGAGUCCAUGUUUGAACCUGUCCGACGGAGAGACUAAUGCUAUAACCAGAACAGAAGGAGAUGGAACUCCACAGCCUCCUGAGAUCACGUGCAGGCCUUCAGCUGGGACUACAGAUCCAGAGGCAGCCUCACGUCUCCUGGCUGAAAAGAGGAGAGAGGCUCGACUACAAAGGGAGAGAGAAGAACAGGAACGCCUGCAGAGAGAGGAGGCUGAGAGGAGGAGUCGUGAAGAACUGGAGCGCAGGAGGGCAGAGGAGCGAGCACGGCUGCAGGCCGAGGCUCAACGGCUCAUAGAGGAGAAGAAGAGGAGAGAGGAAGAGGAGCAGAGACAAGCCGAGGAGGAGAGAGCUCAGGCUAUGAGGGAAGCCGCCCUUCUGCAAAAACAGAGAGAAGAGGAACAAGCCAGGGAAAGAGAAAAGGCAGAGCAGUUGAAACAAGAGCGAGAACUCCUUGCACAGAAAGAGGAGGCAGCACGGCAAGCACGAAAGAAGCGACUUGAGGAGAUCAUGCGGAGAACCAGGAGAACAGAUUCUCCAGAUACAAAAUCUACACCAGCGAGGAUCUUGCCAAAUGAAGCCGAACCAAAGGAAAACACACAGCCUGCACACAAUGGCACAAUAGAAGAGGCUGUCAAGCUGCCAGUGGGGACGAAAACCUCACAGCUCGGGCUCACCAAUGAGGAGGACAUGGUCCCUGUCGUGGCCUUCAAAGAACGCAGGUCUCUUAGGACCCUCGCAGGCCUGGAGGAGAUCCAGACUCACCAACGAGCAGAGGUCAUCUGAGCAUCUGCAAAGCAACCAGACAUGUCAAAGACUUCGUUGGAGAGCUGUGAUUCCUCUGUGAAAAACAGAAAUCCCUGCUGCACAGCCACUUCGCUGCCCUUCUGCACCUUGAAAACGCAUGUAAAACUACAGCCUUUCCUCUCUAUGAGGACGUCAGCGUUUGGUCACCUUUCUGUGUGUAACCAGUGGCACAAAUGUUGGAGACGUUGUUUAUGACAUUCUUCAGUACAGCAGGUUUCUGAACUAAUAACGAAUAUCUAAAAUUGUAGACGUAGACAGUGGUGGUGGUAGUUUGCUGGCAAAUGCAGUAUAUCUGUUUGGAGAGUGUUGCCUCUGUGAAAUGCUAGGAAUAGCCAUUCUAACAAUCACAACAUAUGUCAGCCAUAUGCUUUUUGCUUAUUCCUGAUAUUUCUUGCUAUGUAAGCACUUUCCUUUCCUCAGUUUUGUCACUGUGGAAUUAGAAUAGCACGAGUGGCUGUUUUGCUCUACAAACACAAGACUUUAGGUCUUAACUUCCUGUCUUGCCAUUUGAUUUUGUGAAGUAUAGCGAUCACAUAUU